GUACACUUCACUUCCGAUAAGACCCCUACAUUCUUUAGUAUUCCUCCAAAAAAAUUCAAUUUUACAAGGGCAAAACCGUAAGAUCAUACCAUAUCUCUCUCCAUUCACAUUCACACCCAAAUUCAGAUCUACUAACUUCGACAAAUUCAAUCAAAUCAAUAAUUUUCAUCCCCAAAAUUUCUUCCCCAAAUCAGUAAUGGGGGAUUUUAACCUAGCAUUGCUGAUCGUUGCCAUUAUUGUUUGUGUUUUGGUCUUCGUUUUCAAUGUCUACCUUCUUAUCAACUAUCAGCAUCCCGAUGAUGUCAACCAAGCUUACUUCCCUAAAUUCGUUGUCGUUUUGGGACUUUCCGUUGCCGUUAUCUCCAUUUUGAUGCUUCCAGCUGAUGUCGCUAAUCGGCACGCUUGCCGUCACGCUCUUUAUAACGGCGCUUGUCAGUUGACGUUGCCAAUGAAGCAACUUUGGCUUGCUAUUUACAUCAUCGACGCUGUUCUUGUCUUUUUUGUUAUCCCUUUUGCUAUGUUUUACUAUGAAGGCGAUCAGGACAAGAGUGUCGGAAAACGGGUUAAAAGUGCCAUAUUGUGGGUGGGUGCAACUGCUGUUGUUUGUGCUCUUGUGUUGGGUAUUCUAUAUGGGUUGGUUGGUAAGGUGGACUUUACUGUUCGACAUCUUUCUUCUGGUGUCACUUCAUUUCCCAGUUCAUUGAGCUUGUCUAGUGGUAAUCCAUGUAUUGGGAGUUCACGACAGUGUUCUGCUUAUUCAGCCGGCAUGGCAUCAAAGACUACAUGGACUAUGCGAACAACCUUUCCGGAAUAUGUCGUUGCUCUCGCUACUGUUGCAGGAUCUUUUCUUUUCAUGAUAUUUGGUGGUGUUGGUAUUGCUUGUCUACCUUUGGGGCUUAUAUUUGCUUUCAUCAGGCGUCCAAAGGCUGUUAUAACUCGCUCACAAUAUAUUAAGGAAGCUACUGAGCUUGGUAAAAAGGCUAGAGAACUGAAGAAAACUGCUGAUGCCCUUCAUCAAGAAGAAAGAAGUGGCAGCAAGGGGCGAAAAUGGCGUAAAAAUGUGAAAGCGGUGGAGAAGGAGUUGCUUUUGCUGGAAGAGGAUGUAAAGGCUUUGGAAGAGAUGUAUCCUCAAGGAGAGAAGGCUGAAACUGCUUGGGCUAUGACUGUACUGGGAUACUUGGCUAAAGUUAUAUUGGGAAUCUUAGGGCUGAUUGUUUCAGUGGCUUGGAUUGCACAUAUUGUGAUUUAUCUGAUUGUAAAGCCUCCGCUUUCACCUUUCUUAAACUUUGUCUUCAUCAAGUUGGAUGAUGUAUGGGGGCUGCUUGGCACUGCUGCAUUUGCAUUCUUUUGCUUCUAUCUUCUUGUAGCAGUUGUUGCUGGAGCAACUAUGCUCGGUCUAAGAUUAGUUUUCAUCACCAUCCAUCCAAUGAAGUGGGGAGCAACUCUAAUGAACUCCUUCUUGUUCAACGUUGGCCUGAUCCUUCUUUGCUCCAUCAGUGUGAUCCAAUUCUGUUCCACUGCAUUUGCAUAUUAUGCCCAAGCUACAGCUGCUGGUGAAAUAUUUGGCCACACUUUGCAAUCUCUUCGUGGCAUCAAAUAUUUGUACAAGUAUAAUGUGUUCCAAAUUGGCUUUAUUGCAUUAGCCAUUUUGACCUUCAUCUACUAUUCGGCUUUUGGUUGGCGAAGAAAGAAGCCGUCUGGCAGGAUACAACUUUCCUCUUGAUCAAUGUUCAGAUAUAAAAGGAGCCACGUAAUUAUUCAAAGUUGCUUACAAUGGUGAUUUGAUGUUGUUCUGCAAUGCUUUCGCAUAGUGUCACAAGGCUCGAGUUUGGUUGUAGUUUGAGCAAGCUGAUGAGAGUAACACUACACUACGCGCCGACUAGUUUACUUUUCUCUUUGUAUGUAUUUUUUUGGCUUGAUUUGUGUAAAACCAAAUCUGUAGGACAUAUAGAGAUUUUUUCGGGCACAAUGGGGUGGAGGGAGUGAUGUAAUAUAAUAUAAUUAUGGAGUAAAGAGUGAUGUAGCAUUGCGUUGUCUUUUAAAUCCAUUGGUUGAUUGAACCUGAUUUCUCGUUGUAUUUAUUCUCAUUUCGUAUUA